GUCUUCUUUGGCAAUGUGGAUUCAUCUGGGAUUAAGCACAAUAGUUUUAAUCCUCCAAUUAUUGCUCGGUAUAUCCGUUUGCACCCUACUCAUUCUAGCAUCCGCAGUACUCUUCGAAUGGAGUUGAUGGGCUGUGAUUUAAGCAGUUGUAGCAUACCAUUGGGAAUGGAGAAUAAAGUAAUAUCAGAUACACAAAUUACUGCCUCAUCCUACUUCACCAAUAUGUUUGCCAGUUGGUCUCCUUCACAAGCUCGACUUCAUCUCCAGGGAAGAACUAAUGCCUGGAGACCUCAGGUAAAUGAUCCAAAAGAAUGGUUGCAAGUGGACUUACAAAAGACAAUGAAAGUCACUGGGAUAAUAACCCAGGGAGUGAAAUCUCUCUUUACUAGCAUGUUUGUCAAAGAGUUCCUUAUCUCCAGCAGUCAAGAUGACCAUCAAUGGACUCACAUUUUACACAAUGGCAAAGUAAAGGUUUUUCAGGGGAAUCAGGAUGCAUCCACACCUAUGGUAAAUUCUCUAGACCCACCAUUACUCACUCGAUAUCUUCGAAUUCACCCUCAGGUCUGGGAGCACCAAAUUGCCCUGAGGCUUGAGAUUCUGGGAUGUGAGGCCCAACAGCUGUACUGAGGUGGCUUCUGCAUCCUCUGCUUACUACCCUUUGCCUCCUUCUUUAGUUCCAGGAUUGGCUUAGUCAGUGUGUUAUUGCUGUGAAGACUAACCAUGACCAUGGCAACUCUUAUCAAAGAAAGCAUUUAAUUGAGGCUUGCUUAUAAUUUCAGAGGUUUACUCAAUUAUAAUCAUAGUGGGGUGCAUAGUACCUUGUAGGCAGACAUAAUGCUGGAGAAGUAGUGACGAGUUGAUGUGGGAUUCCCUUGUAUGCUGUAAAUAUGUUUUGAUACAAUUGGUUAA